UGCUCACUUUUCAUUUGGUUCAUUUGCUGGGGAUACUGUGCAAUCAUUACCCCUGGAUAUCAGCCUUCACCAUGAAAAGCGCCACUUUGUUUGUCCUUGCAACUCUUCUGAUAUUCUGCCCAUUCUUCACUGCUUCAGCAUGGUCAGUCAAUAACUUUCUGAUGACAGGACCCAAGGCAUAUCUGACAUAUUCUGCGAGUGUUGCCGUGGGUGCGCAAAGUGGAAUUGAGGAAUGUAAACAUCAGUUUGCGUUGGAAAGAUGGAAUUGCCCUGAAAGUACCCUGCAGCUUGCUACCCACAAUGGACUUCGCAGUGCAAGCAGAGAAACCUCGUUUGUUCAUGCAAUUAGCUCAGCGGGAGUUAUGUAUACACUGACGAGAAACUGCAGCAUGGGGGACUUUGAUAACUGCGGAUGUGAUGACUCCAGAAAUGGCCGCAUUGGUGGCCGAGGCUGGGUAUGGGGCGGCUGCAGUGAUAAUGCAGAAUUUGGUGAGCGGAUCUCUAAACUAUUCGUCGAUGGCUUGGAGACGGGACAAGAUGCCAGAGCCCUAAUGAACUUGCAUAACAAUGAAGCAGGAAGACUUGCAGUGAAAGAGACAAUGAAGAGAACUUGCAAGUGCCACGGAAUAUCUGGCAGUUGCAGUAUACAGACUUGCUGGCUUCAGCUGGCCGAGUUUCGGGACAUUGGCAAUCACUUAAAGAUCAAGCACGACCAAGCACUAAAACUUGAGAUGGACAAGAGGAAAAUGAGGUCGGGUAACAGCGCUGACAACAGAGGAGCAAUUGCUGGUGUCUUCAGUUCCGUGGCUGGGUCUGAACUUAUUUUUCUUGAAGACUCUCCUGAUUAUUGCUUAAAAAACACCAGUUUGGGUCUCCAGGGGACGGAAGGACGAGAGUGCCUGCAAAGUGGCAAGAACUUGUCGCAGUGGGAGAGAAGGAGCUGCAGGAGGCUUUGCACAGACUGUGGCCUCAGAGUGGAAGAGAAAAAGACUGAGAUUAUCAGUAGCUGCAACUGCAAAUUUCACUGGUGCUGCACAGUCAGAUGCGAGCAGUGCAAACAGGUUGUGAUAAAGCAUUUCUGCACCAGAAAGGAACGGGAUUUCAACAUGUUGAACACAAAAAGGAAGAACAGAGGCCACAAGAGAUGACGACAUUCAAGAUAAUGUCUAAAAUGGUUAACUCAGCCAGUAGAUUGCUUUGUCUUCAGGAUUUUAUCCUUAAUUUAUGGACUUCAAGUAACGUAAAAGUAUAAGCUAUAAAGGUGGUCUGUUGUAAAUAUUUUAAUAUAUGCACUUUUGAAUAUUCAUUGUACUCUCGGCAGUGUUACGGUUUCUACACCGCAGGCGAUUCCAUGAAACAGAAAUAUAGUUUCAUGUUUAUUUGACGAGAAAUAUAUGAAUUAAUUCAAUUCGUCUUUUCCACAAAUUCAAUGUAAAAAGGUUUUGAGACUAGGGUUGCCACCUUUUCUGGAAAAAAAUACCGGCCUUCCUAUAUAUUUAACUUUUUUCCCUAUUAAUAACAUUGGGAUCAACCAUCAUUUUUACCGCUCAGGCCGGUAAAAUAUCGGCCAAGUGGCAACCCUAGUGGCAACUCUACCUGAGACAUAUACGGAAUUUGCAGACAUUCUUUGCAUUGCAUAGAUUGUUUUUUUCUUUGCUCAUUUUGUAUCAUCAUCGGUAUUUAAUAAAAAUAUUUUUACAAAGA